GGAGAAAAUUCAAUAGUUCUGGUAUAUAUUCACUACUUUUGUGGGCUAUAGCCAGCUUCACGAGCACUGAGCAGAAGCAAAUUACCUUGGAUACAACCCCAAGUGCUCUGCACCUUGUACUAGUAGGAAGGGGCUUCAUUGGGAGAGCGAUCCGUCAAUGGUCAAGGUGAGAUGAGAAUCUAUGGAUCCAGACAUUCCAUUGUUGGAUGAGGACGAGGGAGACGGAGGAGAAGCCCAAGGAAGCAGGAGUGAUUCUGAGCAAGAUAACGAUGUCGACUUUGAGGGAUUUGUCAUGGAUGAUGAUGGCCUGAUAACCACAAAAUACGACGUCGAACAAGGAUUGGAUCCCCAAAAUAUUCCCUGGGACAGGCUCCAGGUGUCUCGGCAGCGCUACAGGGAGACUCGAUUGGAGCAGUAUCACAAUUACGUGAAUCUGAGAGAGUCCGUGGACCAAAAUCAGGAACGGCUCAAUAAAGAGAAGACAGAGGUUGUCAAGGAUGGGAACUUCUACGGAUUUCACCAGAAUCUUCAAUCUGUGCGGUCAGACAUCGCCCACUUUCAGUUGCGGCAUUUGCUGUGGACCACUUCAAAGCACGAUGUUUACACAACAAAUGAGAACUGCAUCAAUCACUACAGCACAGUGGCCCGCCGGUCCACAAAGGUGCUGGACUUGAGCGGAGCAAGCACGGACAGCAGGUCUUCAGGGUUGGGACGAGUGCAGAUCAGCACAUUCUGUGUGCGGCAUGACCUCGUGGCAGCAGGCGGCUUUGCAGGGGAGCUGAUUGUGGCAAACCUUAAGAAGAAAGGCCUGCAAUGCAGCAAGCGGGUGACCACAAGCGAAAUGGGCAUCACAAAUGGCAUUGACAUCUUCCAGGGCCACUCUGGCGGCAUCAGCAUCAUGACUGCCAACAAUGACAAUGUGGUUCGAAUUUUUGACUCGGAGAAAUUUGCACUGCAGAGCCAGCGCAAGUUUGAGUGGCCAGUGAAUCUGGCGGUAGCAAAUCCGUGCGAGGGCAGCUCUCUGGCAAUCGUGGUGGGCGAUGACCCGCAUGCCCUUUUGUUGGACCUGCGGACCGAGGCGCCGGCCAUGCGGCUGAAGGGGCACCUUGACUACUCGUUCGCAGCAUCUUGGCACCCCAAUGAUGGCCACACUGACACGAGCACCAGGAUCUGGGAUCUGCGCAAGCCGAAUGAGAGCAGGGCAAUCUUGUGCGGCAAUAUGGGGGCUGUGCGCUCCCUCAGAUACUCCCAUGAUGGCAGAUUCCUGGCCGCCACUGAGCCAGCAGACUUUGUGCGGCUGUAUGACGUCGAAUCAGACUACACCAGGUGCCAGGAGAUUGACCUGUUUGGGGAGAUUGGCGGCUGCUCCUUCACCCCUGAUGGUUACGCGUUCUUCCUGUGUGUGGCGGAUGUGGUCUACAGCUCACUCAUGGAGUUCACCACAUCAAGUGUCAAGCGGACAUCUUCCCAAAAAGUGCAGCAAGCAAGCAUACGCGAGCCCACACCCUAAUCCGCCGUUUGUCUGUGGCGCACAUGCUGGACGUGCUGGCCCAAGGCUAUGAAUGGAUCUGCUUCUGGAGGCUUCCUGUACUAUAGAACAACAGUGUCAAAAUAAGUUAAAAACAUAAGUGUUUCAAGCCUGCCAUUUGCAGGAUGAGCGCGUGCUGUGUGCAUCCAUUUUGCAGUGACUAGUUUUGUAUAGUGAGCAUAAUUUGGACAGGCAUGUGCGCAGCUUGUAUGACUCGUAUAAAGUAUGACAGAGCGUGCUUGCAGGCGCUGCCGGCAUUAGUGCACAGCGCCGUGCUAUAGCGCAUGUCAAGAACUCAAGUAUCACCGUAGUGUACAUGUGCCGCCUCACAUAUGAAUACCAAACUGCACCGUGCACCGUAAGUGACUCUAGUAAUUCCUUGGGGGUGCAGUGGGAAUAGAGUUGUUCUCGGACGUGUAAAUAUACACUGUAUGUUGUUGUUGCAAACCAGAAUGUUUGCCGACAAGCAAUGCUUUGCAAGAAGCGUUCUUGAAGAAGGAUGUGUAUUGUGCCUUAUAAGGCGACAGGUCACCUGUUGACCGGGAAGUAUCAUGUAAUCGAUACGUAUGUAU